AUGCGAGUGACAAACAUACGAGGCGGUCGGAUCUUCCGCAUCGCGGUCGCUCUGACGAUCGUGAUUAUGAUAUUGUACAUGAUAGCGACCUGGUCUGGAGUCGAUCAGCACACAGUGAAGGAUGUGUACAAUGCGCGGUUCGUAGCGAAGCGAGGUGAUGGCGAUGGUGGCGUUCCUGUCGGAGAGGAUCGAAGUCAUCCGAAGGAGGUACCGCAACUGGUGGAGGGUUUGGGUAACUUCGAACCAGUGGAUAAAUCCACACCGGAGGGACCGGGCGAAGGUGGGAAGGCGUAUGUGUUGCCCGAAGACCAGCAGAAUCGUGCCACCGAUGCUGAGAUGGAAUACGGUAUGAAUAUUGUCGUGUCAGAUGCGAUUUCUCUAGAUCGCACGAUCAAGGACACGAGGUUGGAGGAGUGCAAGCAUUGGGAUUACCCUUAUAAUUUACCCCGCACGAGUGUUAUCAUAGUCUUCCACAACGAGGGCUUCAGUGUGCUAAUGCGCACCGUGCACUCCGUGUUGAACCGUUCCCCGAAGCAUUUGCUUCACGAAAUAAUCCUCGUUGACGACUAUUCGGACAAGGAGGAUCUGAAGGGCAAGCUAGAGCGUUACAUUGAGCGUUUCGGCGGUAUGGUGCGGCUGAUACGAAACAGCGAACGAGAAGGGUUGAUUCGUACGCGUUCACGUGGCGCUAAGGAGGCGACCGGGGAGGUUAUCGUUUACCUGGACGCCCACUGCGAAGUCAAUACAAACUGGUUGCCACCGCUUCUUGCACCUAUUCAUCGUGAUCGCACCGUCAUGACCGUACCGAUCAUCGAUGGUAUCGAUCACAAGACGUUCGAGUAUCGGCCUGUUUACGCAGACGGGCAUCAUUACCGCGGCAUCUUCGAGUGGGGCAUGCUGUACAAAGAAAAUGAGGUGCCGCGUAGGGAGCAGAAGCGGCGCAAGCACGACAGUGAGCCAUAUCGCAGCCCAACACAUGCGGGUGGACUAUUCGCGAUUAAUCGUCGUUUCUUCCUGGAGCUCGGUGCUUAUGAUUCCGGUCUGCUUGUGUGGGGUGGUGAGAACUUUGAGCUAAGCUUCAAAAUUUGGCAGUGUGGCGGCAGUAUAGAGUGGGUGCCAUGCUCAAGAGUGGGGCAUGUGUAUCGUGGUUUCAUGCCGUACAAUUUUGGAAAGCUAGCGAGCAAGAAGAAGGGCCCAUUGAUCACGAUCAACUACAAGCGGGUCAUAGAAACAUGGUUCGACGGACCGUACAAGGAGUACUUUUACACACGAGAACCACUCGCCCGUUUCCUCGACAUGGGCGACAUUAGUGAACAAUUAGCGCUGAAGGAACGGCUACAGUGCAAAAGUUUUCAAUGGUACAUGGAUAACGUCGCUUACGAUGUGCUGGACAAGUAUCCGAUGCUACCGGCAAACGUCAAAUGGGGCGAACUUCACAACGUCGGUAAGGAUAUGUGCGUUGACGCGCUCGGUCGCCAGCCACCAGCCGUCAUCGGUCUGCAGCCGUGUCAUGGUCAGGGUCACAACCAGCUAAUACGGCUGAAUGGUGCAGGCCAGCUUGGUGUCGGCGAACGAUGCAUCGAAGCAUACAACGCUGAGAUAAAGCUUGCCUUCUGUCGCCUCGGUACUGUCGAUGGACCCUGGCAGUACGACGAACAUUCCGGCACACUGCUGCAUAGAACGCACAAGAAAUGCAUGGGCUAUCAGCCGCAAACCCGUCAGUUAGCGCUGAUGCCUUGCGACAUGAACAACGCGUACCAAUCAUGGAAAUUUCAAGAAAUUCAACCGCACUGGUAA